AUGGGUAAAGCUGAAGGAUCUGCUGCCCAGGAGACAUGGCAUGGUCAUGUGACUGCAUUGUCUGUUGCUCCAGAGUAUCGUAGACUGGGAUUGGCUGCGAUCAUGAUGAAUAUUCUGGAGGAGAUAUCGGAGAGAAAAGACUGUUACUUUGUUGACCUGUUUGUCCGUGUGUCAAACGAGAUUGCAACCAGCAUGUACACCCGUCUAGGUUACACCGUAUACAGGAAGGUAUUGGAAUACUACUCAGGCGAUCCUGACGAAGAUGCUUAUGAUAUGCGGAAGGCUCUGAGUAAAGACAAGGAUAAGAAGUCUGUGAUUCCUUUGAAGAACCCUGUCAGACCUGCAGAAGUUGAAUGACAAUGAGCUGGUAAACUUGACUAGGAGCAUUGGAACUUAAGACAUCAUGGUAUCUGAACACAGGAUACAUCAUUACCCAUUACAGGACAAUGUGGCAUGUAUUCUUUUAGGACAAUUCAGUGAUCUUCGUUAGAGAACAUACUUAACAUUGCUCUGAAAGAUUGCACCAUUGAUUCACAUAUUUUGACUGCCUUAAGGCCUCCCCAAAAAAGUUAUGAUUC